AUGCUAAGUGCCAUUGCACUUAUGUUAACAUUCAUGAUAUCAGAGUUCAAGAAACGUGAAGUCAAGAAGUAUUGUUCUCCACCCAGUUAUCCAGACACAUCUAAGGAUGAUUCAACAGAAUGGCAGGUCUUAUACACUACUCAAUUAACACAAAAAGCCAAGAAAUUUCACGAUGGAAUCUUAAAAGUUUUAAUUUCUGGGUUGCGGGGGAGGCAGGCGAUUCUGUAUGAUGAAACAAGGACACAAUUAGACAGCAGAUUCCUUAAAAAGGAGGAAACGAUUACAGCUGAGUAUAAGUAUGUGGUGAUUGAGUUGGUGCAGACACUUACUCCAUAUAUGCAAUCAACGGCUGCAAGGGGUAUUGUUAGAAUUUUAGAUUCAGAAUGUAGUAGAAAAACAUCACGUGAGCAAGAAAAAGCAAACUUCGUAAUGGAGCUAUGGAAGACUGCUUUAAUGGAUGCUUGUGAAAGGAUUUGUCAUGUUCGAGCUGCUGGACAUGAUUGUGGUUUCUUGCCAGUGCUUUCUAGAUUGGUAAUGGAAGAGUGCAUGGUGAGAUUAGAUGUGCAAGUUGCAUUAACAGAAUUACAGAAUUACCGAGAAGUCAUGAAACCUGCUAUAACAAUAUAUUAG